AUGUCUUUAAACAUUCCAAGAUACCUCUAUCCUCUGAAGGGCAUAAGGAAAAGCGAGGUAGGACCGGGUGGGUAUUCAACACGACGCAACAAGGAGGAUAGCCCUUAUGGGAUUUUUAUUCAGUACAUAGACGAGGAAGCAUUCCCGUGGGAGUUUGAGUUUGACUGUGAGAAAGGAUUGGAAUAUGAAUCUCUCUGGAAGCGGGCAGAGGGUCCUCUGCACGCCCUAUUGUGGGAAAGUGAUAACGCGCGUGAGCGGGCAAGGAGGUCUCUGGAGACACUGAAUGAUGAGAUACGAGAAAUUGGUCCAGUACCCCAAGAAGGGCUACUUGAGAUCAGGAACUGGUACAAUGCUGGGCUGCAGCUGGAGAAAGCUGUGAGGGACUUUCACAUCUAUAGCUCCACUGCGCGGUUCGAGGAUGUUCGUGAUUUUAUCUGGGAGCGUAUCAUCACCAUGAACUACCCGCACCAGUGGCGGGUUAAAAGAGAAGACUUUCUACACCGCAUUGAAGCUACCGCCCAAAACUUUGCACGCCAGCAGGGUGAUUUAGAUACUGAAGAUGCCAUAUUUCAAGAGUGGCAGCUGGAAAAUCCUCCCGAGCGUCCUGGCUCCAGUCCUCUGCCUUCAUAUCACACCAACAACCCCAAUACAGAAGCUAGUCAGUCAGGGUCAGAUCGGAGGCCAACACCAGUUAGUAGCACGCCAGAGAUACUAAUGAGGGAGGCGGGUGGACAUCGCCGAAGAGAGGGGCCUGGUUCAAGGGUCUCUCCCAGUGCAGCGCUUCGACGCCCCGCUCCCCGGUUAAGAGGACGGGUUGCUACACGGCCGACACAGUCCCCACAUUACGUUCGACGCGUUCCAUUUGAGAGGAGACAGAGGCCCCAGAGGCCUCAGCAAGGUGCCGAGACACGCCAGGAUGACUAUCCGGAGGAAUCUCCUCGUAUGCGACGUUGGCUGAAUUUGAGAUAA